AUGGCUGCUGAGGGAGUGACGAGUGCAGUGAAUGAGUCAAUGAAUGUGGCGGUGCUGGCAGCAGUGAGAGAGGAGCUGGCUGCACACAAGGAGGAGGUGGAUGAGCUUCAGCACAUGCUGACAGCGGUGAAGGGGGAGUUGGCUGCGGUGAAGGUGGAGUUUACAGCGAUUAAGGGGGAGUUGGUAGUGGUUAAAGGGGAGUUGGCAGUGGUGAAGGGGGAGUUGGCGAAACACGAGCACGCUAUGGCAGAGAAAGUGGCUGAGAGUAGUAGGGCAUUGGAUGGAACAGGCCUGAAAGGGAAGAGUAGAAAGAGAAAGCAAGGAAUCACAGGGGAUUUUGCGCAGGAGGAGGAAAGGAGGAGGGAGGUGCAGGAGUUGAAUCGGCCGCAUGCCAUGGAGGACCUGGCGGCCUCUAAGGAAGGGCCGAAGAAACGAAACCUGAAACUGAAUGUUGCGCUGCAAAUCAAGCAGAGUAGAGGCGAUCAGAAGAUGGCAUGGAAGCAAAUCAAGGCAGCAUCACGGCGAGCGGAACUGAGUCUGAAGUGUCACGACGGCGUCUCGGAUGCCAUGCUCGGGCAUGUGUCCACCAUGACGCGUCUCAAGGGCAUUGACUUGGAAUCUAGCUCGGGCUUCAGUGCAGAGGGCAUCAAGCACCUCUACAGGCUGCCACAGCUGGAGACGCUAAACCUCAUGAGUACUCAUGUCCCUGACAGUGCCUUCGAAGGCAUUGGGUCCUUGACCAGUCUGAAGGGGCUCUAUCUCUUUGAGACCAAUGUGACUGAUGCUGGUCUGCUGCACUUGACAGGCCUCUCCUCUCUCAAAGUGCUGUGGCUUUCUGGGUGCAAGGGUGUGACAAAUGAUGGCAUGGUGCAUGUAGGGAGGCUGAUAGGGCUUACGCAUCUUUGGUUAAAUGGCACGGCAGUCACGGAUGAUGGGCUGCAGCAGCUGACUGCCCUGACCAAGCUGACAGAUCUCCAUACAUCAAAAGGGUUCGUCUGA